CAUUGUUUCCGAGAUUUUCGAAAAGGAAAUGGAAGAGUAAAUAAAUGUAUAACAUUUCCGGCAGUUUAUGAAUAUUCCAGUUCGAUUUCAAUUGGAAAAUAAUUAUGUCAGACCUACUUUAUGAAACUUACAUCACAUUCUUGAACAUCGACGAGAAGAUUUCGGACAGAACAGCGAAAGUGCUUCAUCGAGAGUUUCUAUUUGUUUUAAAAAUGAAUUUCGUUCUUAUAAUGAUGAUGUCCUUCGUAUUUUUCGGGAGUUUAGUGAAUGCCAUACAACCGAGAGCCCCUAACUUCCAAUAUUUUGAAAGGCCCAAAUACAGGUAUCCUUAUUAUGACGAAAAUGGCGUAGGAAGAUUGUUAUAUGGCUAUGGAGACGAAAAGCUUUACCAGUACAAGUCUUUCACUCCCUUGGAAGGCAUCCAUUAAGGCAUAAGGAUUAUGGUUAAGAAAAUAUUCCAAAGGCAAAAAUGAUAAUAGA